AUGUUGGACGAGAACCUUCCCACCUACCGAUUCAAGACAUCUUCAGAGAACCCGCUCAAUAAUAUUCUCUACUUUUCGCAUAAUGGAUCAGAUCCGUCACCCGAAUACCUCGUGAAGCGACCCUCUCCUUCCGACGCCAAUGGCCAAUAUGCGCUCGGCAUGUUUGAUUCCCUCAACACCUCGGUGAUUUACGCAGAGGUUGGCGUUAAGCCUGACUGGGUAGCACCCACCCUAUCCGCUGCCGAGAUUCGCGCGCAAAACGGUAACCCGCCGCCCAAGACUCCUGCGACGCCGGACAACUUUGCGGUUUCGUUGUACAACCCCGACCAGAAUAUCGCCGUCAAACAACAUCCAGGCAGCUGGGGAAAGAGCGAUAUCUGGGAAUUUGAACUCCCAGAGAGGUCCUUCAAAUUGCCAAGUGCUAGUCAGAUCGACCAAGAAGAUCGACCGUCCAUUACCGAGCUCGUUCCCAAGGUAGUGUUCCGCUGGAAACGAGAUGGUCGAUUGAGCAAGGACAUGACAUGCUACAUGACUGGUAGAAACGUAGGCGGAAAGAAGAGCAAGGAGCCUGAUAUCACCGUGGCCUUUUUCCGAGCUAAGCACGACUCGACAUUGACCAUAUACGAACCCAACAUGGCUCGAGUUGAGAUUGAGGAUCGAAGAGGUCUCGAAAUCGCUCUUCUAAUGAGUGCUGAAACCAUCAAGGAUCUCUACAUGAACCCAAGCCCGGAUCCUUUCAAUCUUCUUACUUCAUCGAAUGGCCGUCGCCAAAAUUCUCGACCAGCAGCAAACUCCUCCAAUGGACCAACAAUGGCCGGAGCCUUGAACAACAACCGACCGUCAUCACCCCCUCGUGCUCAACCGGCGCAGCAAACUCCAAACAACAAUGCCCAACGCCAGGCCGAGGUUGAAGCCGAGACAAAGCGGCUGCAAGCCAUGGUGGCCGAGGAGGAGCGCAAGAGACUGGAGCGUGAGCAGCAAGAAGAGGAAGAACGCAAGAGGAUCCAGAAAAUGCUGGAGACUGAGGAACAAGAACGUCGCAAGCGAGAGGCCGAGGUCGAUCAGGAGACGGAGCGCUUACGUCGCGAGUUUGGUAUGGCCGGUCAGGAUUUCGACAAUCAGACAGCCGCAGGCCAUCCAUCGCCACCACUGCCCCCUCGACCUCACUUCUCUUCGGGCGCAUUGCCUGCUCGACCCAACAGCGUUGGACCAGCACCAAACAGCCGCCCACAACCAAACUUUGCACCACCUCCUUCACAGCCUCAAGCUGGUCCCAGUGAGAAUGGCAAGAAGCGCCAUGGUCUAGGUAGCUUACUGCAGGGGCCUUACGCAGGACCUGCCACGGCAAGCGUCAGUGGUUUCUUUAGCAGUCGAAAGGAUGAAGAAAAGCGAAAGAAGGUACAAAAGAAGCGCAGUGUACAUUUUUAA